AAUUAACUAUCAUAUUCAUUGUUUCAAAGUACUAUCAAUAUUUCGUGAUUUUAUGCAUCGUAUUAGAAAUUAUAGAGCGCCGAAAAGUAAACUUUGCUAUCGAAUAGUCAUAAUAGUGGUAUGGGCAAGUAGAAUGAAAGCACUAGGAGACUAUGAGAACAAAUUCCUAAAUAGUAGAGCACGAACUAUGUUUGCGUGUGGUAUCGAAUUGAUUCCCUAGUUAUUGAGCCUUGAUUUUGAUUAGUUGGCGUGAAUCAACUGGAUUUAUGUCCAGUUGAUGUAGUAGUCGCCUAGGUGAGAUUCGACGGGAUCACCGUAAGGGGUAUGAGCAUACUUUUGUCAUUGGGCACUGAGUGGCCGAUACCGCCCCUUGACCGAGGUGUUACCAUGCGGGGCUUGCAAAACCCAAUAUGGUGGCCUUUUCAUUGGAUUGGUACACCAAUGUGUUAGUUUUUCCCGAAGAUAGGACCCGAGAGGGUCAGUUGGAGGGGGUAUGAGCUCAUACUUUGCUAUGGGCGCCGGGUGGCCGAUAAUGCCCUUGGCCGUGUCACUGCCAUGAAUAGAGAAACGAUCCACUACUUUUGAAUAUACUUCGAGGGAUUAGUUGUUGAAAGAGAAAUCAUGAGUAAAUAUAAGUGUUUAGACAGAUGAGUAGAUUCGUUAUUGUUGUGCUAUGUCGUCGUCUAUCCCCUUGUUUUAUGAUUCUAAUUGUUAUAAUUUCAUUGAUUACUGAUGUGUUUCUGUUUGUUGUUGUUUGUUCAUGACUCUAUGAUGUUCCUGCUAUGAUACAUUUGGCUAUGGUCAUUAUGUUCAGCAGCAGGAGGAUCAUAAUUUGACAUAACAGGUAUAGGAGCUUCUUUUGCAUUACAUACGGGGGAAAUGAGUGAGAAUCUUGAAGAGUACAAUAAUCUUAUUGCCUACGUAUAGUUUCUUUUUAAUUAAGUUGGUUAUGUCUUGAGUUUGAGGCACAUGUCCUCCUUUAUAUAAGUUAUUUUUGCUGCGUUGUUUUUUUUGUGGCUUGUAUGUUUAAAUAGUUUAUCAUUCUCGUAUCUUUCUUCAAACCCAAGCGUUUACAUUGGAAUCACGAUCCAUGCUUAGCAUGUCGACCGAAGAUUAUGCGAUGAUCAUUCCGCCGUGAUAUUUUGUUACAAGGCCGAUGAUGCCUCUUUUCUAUUAUGUUUUAUUGAUCGUCGAGUGCGUCAAAUUUUAGGGCAGAUGCUGCCGAAAUUCCCCCAUAAUCUUGUUUGGAGUUUUCUAAUCCCUUUAAUUAAAUCAAUCAAACUUUAACCAUUUAUUUCUUUAUUCAUUUUAUAUUUUAUUUUAUUUUUAAUGUAACACUCGAAUUUCCUCUGUUCCAUUGCGGUUUUGGUUCCGUAUAGAGGGCCUGAAAUUCAGGGGUGUUAUAGGUGGUUACCAGGCCAGUGAUUCCUAUUUUAAAUGCUUCGUGUUUCUUUAAUGAUCUUUUUUGUAGUUAAACUAUUUUGAGAGUAUGGGUAGACUUGGGGGUUAGGUGCAUUUUACAUGUUCAUGCAUAUUGAUUAUUAUUGCAUAUGCAAUUAUAUGCCUAUGAGUAUGAUCUUUGCGGUUAUUCUCUAUGAUUAUGUUAUGGAUAUGGAUGUGACAUAACAAUUGAUAUUUUAUAGUAGUAGUUUUGAACAUGUAUAGCAAUUUUAAAGCAAGUAUUGCAAUUAUGUGUUAUGUAUAAGCUAUCGCUAUACAAAUAUAAAAGAUGAAUAUUUGAAAUCUUAGCUAGUUUGUGGCAUCUUGUACUUUCAUUAAGGGUGAUGCUUAUAUAACCUUAGCUUUAUAUGUUUGGAUAUACACACACACACACACACACACACACACACAUAUAUAUAUAUAUAUAUAUAUAUGUAUAUAUAUACAUAUAUUUAUGUGUAUUUUUCUUAACAUAAACUAGUAUGUGUAUAAUAUCGGUUGAUUAUGUGCUUUAAUUUCACUCUUUAGUAGUUUAUUUUAAUUUUAUUUAGACAAGCUUAUUAGUUCAUCUUAAUCAAAAAGAAAUCAAAUGAUAAUGAAAUUCUUUUUGAUUACUUUUGUUGUGGUGAUGAUACCAAUUGGUGAUUUUUGACUAAGUUAUAAAUUGCUAAAGUUACAAGGGAAAUGUAAAUUGAUAGCAAUUUUCAAUUUCUAUUUAAGUGUUGGACUUUUUAAGGCUAAAUAUGAAAUGAUAUUGUAAAAUGUGUCUAAUAUAACUCUGAGUAAUUUAAUGUCAAAUUUUAGGGUAGAUGCUGCUGAAAUUCCCCCACAAUCUUGUUUGGAGUUUUCUAAUCCCUUUAAUUAAAUCAAUCAAACUUUAACCAUUUUAUUUCUUUAUUAGUUUUAUAUUUUAUUUUAUUUUUAAUGUAACAUCCGAAUUUCCUCCGUUCCCUUGCGGUUUUGGUUCCAUAUAGAGGGUCGGAAAUUUAGGGGUGUUACAUGUAUAAAUACAUUCGAGUACAUUUUACUUUUGCCUUGUGGGGGUAUUUGAGUCAUUGUAUAUCAUGCAUUGAGGGGAGAAAAGAGGGAAAGGGGAAGGGAAAGAUUAUGAGCGUAAAAAAAAGAGAGUGCACUUUGUUUGUUUAGAAGCAAAUGACAAAUGAAGAAAAAUAAGUGUUUUUCUUAAAAUUUUUCCACUUUAUGAGAGAUUAUACUCUUAACAAAAAUUAUUUACGUCUUCACUUCAAACUCCUCCCCCGAAAUCCCUCAAACAUAAAUUUUUUAUUCUUUCAAAUCUCUUUGUUUUCUUUCUUUCUAUCUCUCUCUAUUUAAAUACUACAUUGUUAGUGGUUUAUUAUUUUAAAAUUUUCAAAUAUUAAUUUUUGAAAAUUGUAAAUGAUCAUUUUGACAUACGAAUGCAUAUGGAUAUAUGAUAGCCUAAUAGUUUCAUCCUGAAACGAAGAUCUCAUCUAAAAAUUUGUGAAUUUAGGAAAAACUAAGUGAUGAGAAAAUAUUUCAAAAACUUUGUAACUUAUUUGUUGACUCAAAGUCGACCCAACUCUAACUCAAGUUGACCCAAAAACACCCCAACGUAUAAUAAAUCCAACCCGAAAUUUGCCCAUCUGACCGGCCAACCCAUUUCAUAAUUUGAUCGGAAAAAAAAUUCGAAUUUCGUCCUUUUUACUCUUGAAGUAACCAACAUUCCCAAAGUCAUACCAAAUAAACUUCAAUAUCAGCAUUUUAGGCAAAUUCACCCACUGGUUCGUCAGAAAAGCCAACCCAUUUCUUAAUUUGAAUAAGAAAAUGAGUGAUUUGGUUUCUGGGUCUGAUCCAUCGGGCAGCGAUGAAACAAAGGGCAGUGGGUUUGAUGCUGCCCGGAUUCAGGAGGUGAAAGCAUGGCUGAUUUCUCAGUUUGAUGCUGUUGGUAAAGAUGUGCCCGAAUUCGAGUACACUCCGCGCAGUAUUGCACAUUUGCAUAAUAUAGCUACUGUUUCUCAAGCUAAGACCCAAGCUGCUGGCAUUGUUGCCAAUGAUUUCCGUCAAAAGGCGGCCGAAUAUCGCUCCCAAGCUGCAAGGAUUAGAGAGCUAUUGGAGAAUGUGGGCUUGGCCCAAGAGAGUUUGCCAUCAAGCAUAGUGGGUUCAGCACAAGUUUUGGCAAAUGUUGCUAACUUAUUGAACAUAAGGGACACUGAGUUGAGCAGUUUCCUUGUGGGAAGGGGAGAUCUUUCUCUGAGAAAGUCUGGAGUUGAGGAGAAAAGGGCAAAGGUACAAAAGGAGUCUAAGGUGCUCCUUGAUUAUACACGGAAGGCUAUAGCAAGGCUCACUUACUUGAAAAGAAUACUUGCUCAAUUGGAAGAUGAAGUAGCUCCUUGUGAGGCUCAAAUUGAAAACUGGAAGACGAAUUUGCCUCUCCUGGUUUCAAAAGAACGAGAAUAUAAUCAGAGAUAUUCUAACUACAAGGCACUACUGAAUCGUGUAGGUUACAGCCCUGAAAUCAGCCAUGGGGUACUGGUAGAAAUGGCCGAACACAAGAAAGAGUUGGAGAAGAAAACUUUACCCAUUAUUGAUACUUUGAAAAGCUACCAAGACUUGCCUCCUGAUAAAGCAUUGGCUUCUCUCGCCAUUGAAGACAAGCGAAGACAGUUUGCUGCUGCGGAGAAAUAUCUUGAAGAGGUCUUGCAGUCUGCGCUUUCUGCAACAGAUUAAAUUCAUCUCUACCUUAUGCCAUGUUUUAGUUGGUUUUUUUUUCGAAGAAUGUCAACUUCUACCUUGUUGAUGGUAUUGUAUUCGAGCCUAAGUCAAAAUUUGGUGUAAUACAACUUAUUAAGUAUACGAUGAGGGUUUUUACUAUUCUUGAGCGCCUAAGUGUAGGUAUUUGUUAAAGAAUGAAAUUGUGUUUGGGAUUUACUAAGCAUGUAGUGCAACCCUCAUGUUGGAAAGUUCGCGCA